GCGUGUUCUUGUUUCAGACUUCACAGCCGCUUUCCACUUUAUCCCCGUUAAACUAAUCCGCAAGAGAUUUUAUUGAACGCCAAGCGGAGUUGGGAGGGAAAGGAACUGCCUUUCAACGACAAUCCAACUAAGAUUGUAUAAAAAUCCUUCAGAACAGUCGCGAAUACACCGUAAACUGUUCAAAGACGUGGUGAAUAAUUACAUGGGAACAAAUAUAAAAGGACUGAGCGCAGAUUUUCCAGCAGAGAUCAUCGGCGCUGGAAUAUAAACAUGGAUGACGGGCAGCAGCGAUGGCUUUGAAGAAUUAAGGCCGACUUGCUUGUCAUUUGUUUUCCUUUGUGCACGGCGAAUGGUUUUUAAUCAGCGUUUAUGUUAAUGUUGACCUGAAGUUCACUUUCUGUUUUGCCUCCAUCCGAUCAACAAGCGAUGAUUAGAACCAGCUUUUGAGACGUGACGUGCCGUUAUCUGAUCAUUUCGGGGAGGAAGCUGUCGGGAUGGCUCCCGGUUCUCUGGCCACGAUGGCCCCCAACGGGCCCAACAUCUCCUGGUUGCCAGAAGCUCCUCUGCUCACUCCAGAGAAGCCCAUUUUUCUCAUGACAACCACGGCCCAGGCAGUGUCAGGCUUCUUUGUGUGGACAGCACUUCUGCUCACCUGCCACCAGAUCUACAUGCAUUUGCGUUACUACAGCUCUCCCAAGGAGCAGAGGCACAUUGUGCGCAUCCUUUUCAUCGUACCCAUCUACGCCUUUGACUCCUGGCUCAGCCUUCUCUUCUUUACCAACGACCAGUACUAUGUGUACUUUGACACAGUCAGGGAUUGCUAUGAGGCAUUUGUGAUCUAUAACUUCUUGAGCCUGUGUUAUGAAUACCUGGGAGGAGAGAGCGCUAUCAUGGCUGAGAUCAGAGGAAAACCCAUUGAGUCCAGCUGUAUAUACGGAACAUGUUGUCUUUGGGGAAAGACCUACUCCAUCGGCUUCCUUCGAUUUUGCAAACAGGCUACUUUACAGUUCUGUGUGGUAAAACCCCUGAUGGCCAUGAUUACAGUCAUCCUGCAGGCUUUUGGGAAAUACCGUGAUGGGGAUUUCAAUGUCGCUAGUGGUUACUUGUACGUGACCAUCAUCUACAACAUCUCCGUCAGCCUGUCCCUCUAUGCUCUUUUCCUGUUCUACUUCGCCACCCGAGACCUCCUCAGCCCUUACAGGCCCAUGCUCAAGUUCUUCAUGGUAAAAUCAGUCAUCUUCCUCUCCUUCUGGCAAGGCAUGCUGCUGGCCAUCUUGGAGAAAUGUGGUGCCAUUCCUCAGAUCAGCUCUCCUGAGGUUUCCGUCGGCGAAGGAACCGUUGCAGCUGGAUACCAGAACUUCAUCAUUUGCAUCGAGAUGUUCUUUGCCGCCUUGGCUCUACGACACGCGUUUACCUACAAGGUGUACAUGGACAAAAGACUAGAUUCUCUUGGCCCUGUUCCUACAUAUGGACAGUACGGUCGUUGUGCCCCCAUGAAGAGCAUCUCCAGCAGCUUAAAGGAGACCAUGAACCCAGGAGACAUGGUCCAGGACGCCAUCCACAAUUUCUCCCCGGCCUACCAACAGUACACCCAGCAGUCCACCCUGGAGCAGGGGGUCACCGCGCCGCCCAUAUCCCGCAAUCACAGCUGCGUGAGCGCCCGGGACAAUGAGAAAACCCUGCUGCUUAGCUCCGAUGAUGAGUUCUAACUCGUUCCGCUUUUUUCCUGAGUAAAGGUACUCCGUAAGGGACCGUUUACCGCUGCGCUAGUGUAACGAUGAGGUUAACAUAGGAACAGAUUAUUAAAGGACCAUCUUAAGCAAGUAGUUGCGUUCUAGUGCAGUAGAAUCUAAAACGAAGCUGCUCAUACUUGCUUAGUUGUCUUUAAACACAAAUCUCGAUGCGCUUUUGUCUGUUGCUGAGGUUUAUACAGAGAGUUAAACGAUACAUUCAUUUAUACUUUUAGCCAAAUUUUGAAAACCCGCAUGGUCUGACACUUCGGCGAUUUUUGAACAGAUCUAUUUUUUUAUGCUUGUAGUUUCACAUAGGGGGUGUUCGGACAUCCCAGUGUACUUAAAAAGAGCAGUGUACCCGUUCCUCUGGGAAUGUUCCGUUUUUGAUUUACAAGUUCAAGUGCACCUUUGCCUCUGUUUCAACAGUGUUUCUAGCUUCCCCAAUGCUUUAAAGGGCGGGUAUGGCUGCGGAUGACAGAGCACAGUGGCGGGGCAACCAGAUGUUCAAACGCACUGUUGUUUUGAUGGAUGGGGAGAGGUUGAUAAGAUUACAGAUUAAGGCGUUCUGGAGUUUAAAGGCUGCAGUUGGAACGUUACUCGCCUGGUGCAGAUUUGCACAAGCUUUCGUAAAAGUGUGACCGUUCCUGGGCCACCACAGGAAAAAACAUCUAUCUAGGUUAGCCGAGUGGUUUAAAAAAUAGAUUUAGGUUACGCCUUUUUAGUGCAUGCUAGACGUUCACUCAGAAAGGACAAAGUACCCUCAGUUGUCGCCGUAUUCCUGUUUGCUGGAAAUGGAAAAUUGAUAUAAUUUAAAAAAAUUUUAAACGCACAGUUCACCCAAAAACUACAAUUCUGUUAUCAUUUACUCACCUUCAUGGCAUUCUAAAACCCUUUCUUUUGUUAAACACGGACUAAAAGUUGAACUUUUCAUUUUAUGGGCAAAAGCAGCGUAUUGCUAAAGUUUUCCACUGAAGGUAAAUCGUACCGUUUCAGUUUUGGGUGUGCUUUCCUUUUUAUUAGGUAUUGUAUUGUUUCUAGAUAUCCCACUAGAGGGAGGCAUAUCUCUCAGUUUGCACUCUUUAUCUUUAUGGGACACGCCUGUUAUCACUGAUCCUUUGAGAGCCACACCAAAGUCUCUCCCGUUCUUCAGAAGCAUCCGCCAUUUGCGCUUUACCUCUUUAGAUAGCACUAGGCUCUCGAUGACCAAGCUUGAAGCUCGCGGUUGGGUUAGAUAGCAUCUUUGAAGUUACUCAUUAACUGUCCUACGCUUUUAUUGGUACAAAAUAGAGGCCAGUAUAAACACAAAGCAGCUGGAACCAAGUACGAGUAUGUAUGGUACCUGCUUAUAGUUAUGUUAGUGUUUUUGCAGUGUAUUAUUUUAUAAGGGGAGGAUUUCUUUUAAUAAUAUAGACGUUGUUGUAACUUGCACUAAGCAGUUUUGUAUAUUUAGGAGCAAUCCGAAUAUCCUAGAAUAUUUUGGAAAGCUAUUUCUGUAUGUUAUUAUUCAGAGAGUGGUUAAAGGUAACAUAGGAAGCGUUUAAAAAAAAAUAUAUAUAUAUAUAUUUUGUCGAAACAUUUUUGAAGUUACACUAAGACGUUUGUACUGUCAUGUUAUUUUAAACGGAGCAUUAUGUAUUACUAUGUCAAAGAUUUUGCUUCUAUUUUUUCCCUUGAUGCUCUGGCCUAGGAAACAAUAAAGGAUUUUUGUCUGUA